AUGGUCGGCUUUUGGAAUAAAACGUCUGGUGCCUCAUUGCUUUGGUUGAUUUUAAUCGUACGGCUUGGCACCGCUGUUCCUCGUGUUAUUGAGGAUCUUAACUACAGCAAGGAUCACCUCAAGGACACGACUUGUGAAAACGACAAUCCAGGUAAGACCUGUGUGGAAUUGGAACUGGACGACUUCGGAACGUAUUUUAUGAACAUGUUCCUCGUGCAUGAGAUUGCGUGGACGUUGGCCUCAACAUUCAGUAAGUGAAAGAUGCGAGUUUAUGCUUUGCUCAUUAUUUUUUAUGCUUGUCCGCGCAAGGCGGAGGUUAGACGCGUGGUCAGGUACCCUAGGCUAGAACCAUUAGUACAGGGUGUCCAGAGAAAUUUGAAAGAAAGUACAGGCUUCGUUCUCAAAAACUAAGCGUCUGAUUGGCCUGAUUCUUUUUUUGUUAAAGAGCCAAUAGCGGGCGGUUUUGGUUUUGUACCAUUUUUUACUGAUUCGGCGGACGAUCGGAGAUAAAUAUAAAUUGAGAAUUUUGGCCUGAAUUCUUCACAAUGCCCUUUUCUAAUAGAUUCGGUUUCAGGUGUGAACGGUAGGGCUGAGGGGUUUUACCAAGAAGAUACCGAUGACAAAAGUAGGUUAAAAUUUUCUGAUUGGUUAAGGUAGGGUAUAAUAAACCUACUGGUUUGCCUUGUCUAAUUAGGAAUACUAAAGUUUUGAGCAAAGGAAGAAGAGAAAGUUAUUUUAAUUAUUUUUCAAAUUUACCUUUUUUCAGUAAAUAAAGAUGUUUAUUAUAAAGGAGGUUACCUACCGCCCCAUGAAAACAAUCCCUAUUUUUUGCACAUGGAAUAUGCACCCGACGACCGUCACGACACCUCUUCAGUAUAUGAGCCUGACGGUUUUGACACACUGAAAUACGAUGUAGUGGUAAGUCUUAGGCUACUGUGCAUUUUUUGUAAAUGCUGUGAAACUACAGAACUUUUCUGUACCCUUUUUUUUCUGUACCAACCCCCCCCCCUUCGAGCAAUUUGUUAUACAGGCGCUCUACUGUAUUUGCUUUGAGAAAAGGUUACGAUCAAAAAAGGUUGUUGUGGAUUACAUUGAACAUGCUUAAGGGUUCAGCAAGUGUUCCGGGCGCUUGGUACGAAGGCCCUGUGUUCACCUACAAAGGCUACCUAUUUAUUGGUCAGUACAAUUGGAUCAAAAAAAUUGAAGAUUUGUACAAACAUACAAAAUUCACAAACCACUACCGUGAGCGUGUUUUGGCGUAUGUUUUUAAAACUUAAUUUUUGGUUUUUAAGAAACAAAAGACUGUAACUACGUUGAAAUUGACCUUUUGAUGUAACUAUAAUAUUUACAGACGGGAUGCUGCAUUUGAAUUUAAAAAUCAGUACCCUAAGAAGUGGGAGGAACUAGUUAAAUGCCGUGAAGUAAGUGUUUAAACAUUAAUAGUUAAAACUGUAGGAUUAUCGAUUACGGUCAGGGGCGGGCGGGGACUUUUGGUCUGGGCGGGGGUCAAAAAAAGUUUUCCCAAAAAUCCACAGGGGGGACCACGUUCAACUUUUUUUUCGAAAAUUUUUUUUUUGUGGGUCCCCCCCCCCGCCCCCCCCCCAGGCCCUGAUUACGGUAUUAUAAGGAAAUUGAUUACGGUAUUAUAAGGGAAUAGAUUACAAUUUCAUAAAUAAAGAAAUUGAUUACAGUAGGGUUAUUACAGUAGUGUUAAAUUGAUUCCUAAUUUGUUUGCUUUAGCAAUGUAACCUAUGUAGAAUUGAUCCAGUUACCGAUGAAAUUGCUAAAAUGGAAUACAAUGAGGCUGCUCGGUUUGGUAAACUGAUUAUCGAAAAGGUUGAAAUGACUGCAAAAACAAACUUCCAUGGGUUACGGUACCGCAUUCAUCAUGUGGAUUUACCAAAGUAAGUUUUACGACAGAAACUACCUAGGAACGUUAAAAAAUUCCUAUGGUAGUGUAGGGUACGGUAGGGGACCGGGUAUUAUUACUAUGGUAGUAUAGGGUACGGUAGGGGACCGGGUGUUACUAUUAUGGUAGUGUAGGGUACGGUAGGGGACCGGGUACGUAUUAGAUUGUUCACUUAAUUCUGCGCCUCCUCUCAAAGCAAAUUUGUAGAGUAAGGGGGUGCAGAAUUACGUAGCAAAUUUGUAGAGUAUAAGGGUGCAGGAUUAUGUGAACAACCUAAUAGUAACAUCUUCUAUAACUUUUUCUGUUCCAGCCAUGUGUUCUACUUUAAGAACGUUGAAAAAUGGGACUUUUUUCGAAAUCAGAAGCCAAAAUGGGCUGAUUUGCCGUACGAUGAGUAUGCGGAUGAGAGGUAAGUUUUUAAUUUUAAAUUUGUGUAGCUUUGGGUUUGGAAAUCGUUUGUUGACCAACCUUUUGCUUAUGCUUUGUUGUUUCUAGGAAAUUGACUGUGGCCAGUUUUGCACCAUACCCACGUGAUGGAGACAAGAUUUGGAAAAAGUUUAACUAUUAUCUCACCACAACAACCACUACCACCACCACCUCAACCACAACCUCAACCACCACCACCACUACCUCAACCACCACCACGACCUCAACCACCACCACGACCUCAACCACCACCACCUCACCAACAACCACCGAGGAAGAGGAAGUUACGGAACAAGUUGAGGAAGAAGGUCAGGGAGAAGAGGAUGAACAACAACCAGAUGAUCCUACUCAACCUGCGGUUGAAAGUACCACUACCGAGGCUGAAAAGAAUGCUGGAUGUGGCAAAAGUCCGUGGAUUGGCUGGAUCGGUUGUUGGACUGGCGCAUGGAUGGUUGUGCUGGGUUAUUACAUUCGUUAA